GUAUUUGAAGGAAAAUGCAUUCUGUGGACAGCCCCAUUCCCCCAGCAGACCACCAUGACAGGAGCAGAGUAACCAAGGUCCUUGACUCGAUAAAGAAGGCUAUCUUUAUACUUGGAACAGCGUGUAUCGUGUUUUAUGCAGCCAGUAACUCCAUUACAUGGCAUUUACAGAGAAUAUGGGGUGCAUCAGGCAAUCUGUGGCAAAAAAUAUGGGACGGAAUUUAUCUCAGUUUUGGAGAAAAUGAUCUAUUCAUUGGUGUUGCUGGGACCUACAUUGUAACCAUGAGUGUGUUCUGGUUUGCCAACUUCUUUCUCCUUAUAAUGGAGGUAACCAAGUGGCCAAAAAGUUUGAUGAAAUAUAAGAUACAGGAAGAGCCUCUACCAGAGAAACAGAAACCGAUGUUGAUCAGAGCGAUACAAGUAGUGUUGUUUAAUCAAACUGUGAUCACCAUACCCUUCAUGUUUGGGAUGUACUACUUAAUGAAGUGGAGGGGCUGUCACUUCCAAGGGGAACUACCCACCUUUCACUGGUUCCUGCUGGAAUUAACAGUGUUCUCCCUUGUGGAAGAGCUCUUUUUCUACUAUUCUCACAGACUCCUUCACCACCGAAAUCUGUACUCCUACAUCCACAAACGACAUCAUGAAUGGACUGCUCCUAUAGGCAUAAUUUCCCUCUAUGCUCACCCCAUAGAGCACUUAGUUAGUAAUCUGCUGCCCCCUGUCUUGGGCCCCUUUCUGAUGGGAUCUCACCUCUGUUCUGCCUGGCUUUGGUUUUCUAUAGCUCUUCUGUCUACCACUGUGGCUCACUGUGGUUACCACUUCCCACUGUUACCGUCACCAGAGGCCCACGACUACCACCACAAAACGUUUAUUAACAAUUUUGGAGUUCUUGGAAUCUUGGAUCGUCUCCAUGGGACAGACACAGCUUUCCGCAACAGUAAGGCUUAUCAGAGGCACAUUCUUCUAUUGGGAUUAACCCCACUAUCUCAACAGAUCCCAGACUCUCAGUCAAAGAAAGCACGGUGAUGCUGACCAUGUUCCCAUGGCUGUCUCAACAAAAGAUCUGAAAGUUACCCACCACAUCAUUUGAUGGCACUUAAAUUUAAUGUUUUGAAGUUGUGAAUCUAUUUGUUUAUAAUUAUGACAUAAAAGUAUUAUUGUCAUGUUUUCUGCGACACUAGUCUGAAAUAAUUGUAAGGCUUACAAUUUUCAUGUCAUGAAUAUAUCAUGAGAAAUGAUUAGAUGCCAAGUGACUACCGAAAAAAUUAUUGCAUGACACAUAAUUUGGUGUAAAAUAAAGAAUCAUUGCUAAACAUUGCAGUAGAGUUCUUCAAACAGCUGUUUUGGUUCAUAUUUAAUUUUACCAUUUAUUGAUACUACAGUAAGAAUCCUUCUACUCUGUUUGUGUUUUGUUUAAAUUUUUUUACUUGCUUUAAUGUUUUGGGAACAAAUACAUGUAUGUAAUGUGAAUAACGAUUGCUUAUGAUCAAAUUUCUAUUUCUGUUUUCCUUAACGAUAUACUUAAUUGACAUCUUGUGGAUGGAAAUAUCUAAUACUCUGAUAUUGACAAGGUAAAAAACAGCAUGAUUACAUGGUGUAGAAAUGCAAGAAUUAUCGUUUUCUUUCUUAUUAACUUUUCCAUCAAUGCUCUAAUAAUCAUACAUGUACAGUAUUUCUUAUACUUACUUUUAAAUAUCUGUAUUACUAUAGUAUAAUCUCAAUUGCUUUCAGGCCUCAGUUUUAUAAAUAAUUUCAAUGUAAGCUUUUUUUUAAAAAAAAAAUAUCCUGAUGAAAGCAUGAGCUCUGAAUUUCCUGGCAAUUUAUAAUUGAUAAAAACAAGACUUUUUUAUUUAAAAAGCAGACACUAGUGUAUGUACUUCUGUAUAUAAAUGUAUUUUGCUGAUCAAAGACUUCUUUGUCUUUGUCUGGUUAUUUAUCAUGCAGGACACCAGAAAAUGUUUUUUUUUUGUUUUGAAUUAACAAUACGAUAAAUGAACAACAAAAACAA